AUGAAGCCAACUGAAAGAAUUUUGGCAGUAUUUGUGCUGUUCGGAGUGUACACUUCUAUAAGUUGUCGAGUGUGCGAUCUCUCCAUCGAUAGUUUUGGGUCCGAAUUUGUUCUGAAACGCUGUGCAUUUUCUUUCCACGAAAAAUCCGAAACUAAAUACAUUGGAUUUGAAUUCCGACUGACGGAAAGCAAGGAGACGAGACACGCUUUGGAAACGGUGAAAGCAAAUUUUCGCGAGUUAUCGUACAGUCCUUUGACGCUUUGGAACGGUAGCUGUGAUUGUAAUGAAGUACCAUGUUUGAAUGAGGAACAAUUGAACGAUUUGUUUAUUUCAAGCGUCAAACAAGCGUUUGAAGAAGCGAAAUGGAGAAUUCCAUUUAUGUCAGGGUUGUGCUGUUCUGUUCAACGAGCUUUAGUGGAGAUAUUUUAUCGUUUGGACGAGAAACAACUAGCACGUUUGAAGAAAUGUACUUUGAAUGAAAUUGACACGCGUAAGUGUACGGCAUACUUGACUAAUGAACUUCGCCAGACGGAAUGGUGUGAUAGUUUUAAAACAAAAUGUGAAAAUGUCAUCGGUCGUAUUUUUAGAGGAUGUGAGGUGACAGAGAGGAGGAAAAGGGAUAUUGGUGUCAAACAUACUUCAAUGUGUGGUCCAUCUGCUUGCUAUCAAGGUAAAAGCAUUUAAAUAUCGCUAUUAAUUUCAUUGAAUUUUGCAUAAGCUUUGUUUACAACAGGUAGCGUUCUCCGUAAACAAAUUAAAUCCGCUUCCGACUGCGAGAGCUUUGCAAUUUUGUGGUUUACAUGGAAUCUGCGAUUGUUAUUUUUGAAAAUGGUCAAGCUGAAACACAAUAUUUGAAAAAAUACGUAAAAUAUCGUACUUUGGUUUCACUUAGCUUGCCAACUUAUCAUCUGUGCUCUAACAAUAUUCCGUCGAACGAUGGCGAGAGCUUUCAUUUAUUCGAUGUCCGUUAAUUCAGAGACGUGCGAAAAUUCCUGUGUAAAUCUUUUUAUUGCUUGCCUUUUAAAAGUUUUUAAUCUUCACUUCGAGAGGAUUAAAACGUUUUGCUUAGGGCAAUAAAGGGAUCUUUAAAAAUGCUGAAUGCUUUUUGAAGAUAUGUGCCUCUUUCGAAACGGAAAAAUAUUUUGUUUUUAAUCGUCAAAAUGGCACAGUACUUGCUUCAAACGUAGAAGAGGUACUCCAGAUUUUGAGCGAGAAAAAUUUUGGUGAAGAGUUUAAUUACGUCGCUAAAUGCCUGAUGUGUCACUUGUCAUAAAACUGAUUUGCCACAUGACUUGUAAAAUCUGAAGACAAAAGCCUAAUUAAAAGCGAAUUAAUUAUAUAAAUCGUUUCUAAAUUGCGAUUUUGAUAGCAUCAAACGACAGCCUCGGAGUGCCAAAAUAUGGCGGAUAAUGAGUAGUGCGAAAUACAUAUUUUUUUCCGGCUGUAUUAAUGUGGAAGGCUGUCUGCCGUCUUUUGACUAUUCACAACACAGUUUUUUAUUUGUGUUGGUCGAGUUAUGUGGAACGAAAAGAGGUUUACAUCAACCAUUUCAUAAGUGCACUGAAGUACCUUUUUUAUCCUGAGGAUAGUAGUGAACAAUCAGUAUCAAUGCUCAUUUGCGAGAAUUGGCCGUCUUUUCGAUCUUGGCACGACAAAAUACUUGGGCCUUGGUAUUGCUACUACAUGUGUCGCAGUAUUUUCAAAGUUAUAUCGUAGUGAUUUUCUUGUAACACAUUGUAUGUAUGUGUGUUUUAUUCUUUUUUUUUUUUUCGCAGGGAAAGCGUCAGUUUUGUCGACACCUCUGCUGAAAGUCGAAGGUACUUCUUAUCUUGGACUUCACGAUUUCGCUAAUACACCGUCGCAAAGCGUAGGCAGUUUGAAGCUGGAGCCGCUUGUAUAUAAAGCCAGUCUUAACUCAGUGGCAGCGAUCAAUUCAGGUUCUUCAGAUAUUUCCCGAAGUGCGGAGGUUUAUGAGUUCGCCUUCAGAGUUUCAACUGAAACCGUAUUGCAGACGUUUCCCACCCCCUCCCCCCGCGGUUCAUGGACAUCACCCGCCAUAGUGGGGUCUAAUGCACAGUCCUUGUCACCUUUCACACCUGUCAACAUGACAUCGUUAAUGACAACUAAAGAGGUAGUAUCAAAAGAGAGCAUAAUAUUUACAAGGGCACAUAACUCCACUGUCAGAUUUUCUUCAAGGAAUGCUGCCCAAGAAUCUCAAAGCCCUACGACAGCCUCUUUCUGGAAUGGCACAUCGGCGAGAGAGCUUUCUACAUCAAGGACGUACUUAGUGCCACUUUCGCCGAGGCGCACAACAAGAGAGGCAAAUAAGCACACAUCUGAGAAAUCGAGCGCUGUAUCGUCAGCAUACCAAAGCGCUAACUCUGAGGAAGUGCGUUCCGUUGGAUCCACACAUUUGACGUUCCCAGUACCUAUUAGCACUGUGCAGAAUGUCAGCUUUUCUCCUAAACUGAAAAGUUCUUUCCUACAUUAUUCAUCGCUGCCUUUUCCAGUGCCGCCACCAUUACCUUCAAUUUCAUUAUCAUCUUCAUCAGUCCUGCAUUCAACCCCCUUCAUGUUGUCACGAUCUUCAGCGUCAUCUGUGUUUAUAGCAUCACAGUUACUGCCAAGUUUGGAAACACAUCUGUCGUCAUUUUCGCGUUUGCCUUCAAAUUCAUCGUCUUUGUCACAUCUAAGAAUGACUUCAUCAUCGCAUUCGACGGCGUCGUCAUCAACAUUUUUAUGCUGUUCCCCCUCCUCUUCUUCUGCUUCCUUCUUCUCCUCUCCCACCUCUCUCUCCUCCCUCUCUUCCUCCUCAUCGUCCUCUACCGCUCUCUUCUUUCCUUCCCCUUCUAUCUUUUCCUCGUACCCCUUUUCUUCGUCAUCUGCUUUCUACUUCUCUUCCUCUCACCCCAUCCCCUCCUCCUCCUCCUACUCCUUCUCUUCUUCCUCUAUUUCAACAUUUCUCUCUCCGUUAUCAUCAUUAUCAGUGUCGUUGUCAUUAUCAUCAUUAUUGUCAUCAUCAUCAUCAUCAUCAUCAUCAAUCACAACAACAACUCCUCUAAUGAAAUCAUCAGUAAUCCAAUCAGUAUCAGCACCAACUUCAUCACCAAUAUUUUCAUCGUCAUUCUUGUCAUCAUCAUCAUUAUUGUCAUCAUCAUCAUCAUCAUCAUCAAUCACAGCAACAGCUCCUCUAAUGAAGUCAUCAGUAAUCCAAUCAGUAAUCCAGUCAGUAUCAGCACCAACUUCAUCACCAACGUUUUCAGCGUCAUUCUUGUCAUCGUCAUCAUUAUUGUCAUCAUCAUCGUUGUCAUCAUCAACCACAACAACAACUCCUCUAAUGAAGUCAUCAGUAAUCUACUCAGUAUUAGCACCAACUUCAUCACCAAUAUUUUCAUCGUCAUUCUUGUCAUCAUCAUCAUUAUUGUCAUCAUCAUCAUCAUCAUCAAUCACAGCAACAGCUCCUCUAAUGAAGUCAUCAGUAAUCCAAUCAGUAAUCCAGUCAGUAUCAGCACCAACUUCAUCACCAACGUUUUCAGCGUCAUUCUUGUCAUCGUCAUCAUUAUUGUCAUCAUCAUCGUUGUCAUCAUCAACCACAACAACAACUCCUCUAAUGAAGUCAUCAGUAAUCUACUCAGUAUUAGCACCAACUUCAUCACCAAUAUUUUCAUCGUCAUUCUUGUCAUCAUCAUCAUUAUUGUCAUCAUCAUCAUCAUCAUCAAUCACAGCAACAGCUCCUCUAAUGAAGUCAUCAGUAAUCCAAUCAGUAAUCCAGUCAGUAUCAGCACCAACUUCAUCACCAACGUUUUCAGCGUCAUUCUUGUCAUCGUCGUCAUUAUUGUCAUCAUCAUCGUUGUCAUCAUCAUCGUUGUCAUCAUCAACCACAACAACAACUCCUCUAAUGAAGUCAUCAGUAAUCUACUCAGUAUUAGCACCAACUUCAUCACCAACAUUUUCAUCGUCAUUCUUAUCAUCACAGCAUCUAAGAACAAAACUAUUACCACCGCCUGCACAAUCGACAGGAUCAUCAACGACGACUUCAAAGAAAACUUUAUUAUCAACAAAUUUAGUGGUUCUAUGGUCAUCGAUAUCCGAUGUGAAACGUUCCUUAGAUUUGACUUCGCCCUUAUCUUCAUAUUCUAAACAUACUUUUAUAAAGAAAACCUUUAUUAAUGCUGAAACCUCAAAACGCGAUUCUUCGCAAGGAGAAGGCGUUUACUUCUCCCACGCGAAAACAGGACUCACUCUCGCUAGCAUUCCUCAAACGCUAAUUGCGACGCCUUCAAAACCAAGCACAACUGUACCUGCCGUCACUGACACAUUUCUGAUGAAAUUUCAGGGAAACUGUAGUUUUAUUUCCAACAGGGAAGAAUUCAAGUAUACCUUUGUAACUGCUUUGACCGAAUUUUUACCGAUUUCAAGAUAUGAUGUUAUAGUCUAUGACGUCAAGUGCGGUUCGGUGGAUGUUACUUUUGGGUUGCAAGGUCACAACAGUAAUUUAACAGAAAAACUGUGGGCGAUGAUAGCAAACGAAUCAUUUGUGUUUACCUACAAUGGGACGCAGUUUGUUGCAUUUGACUUGAGACAAAUCAUAACACCAUCGUCCAUAACUGUCACAGACCCCACCACGCCUCCUUCGGUUCCAACCGGGACCUCCACCAAACACGGAAGAAAAAGGAUCGUGUUUAUAAUAUUUGUGUUGAUUGGUUCAGUAUUUGGAGCAUUGUUUAUUUUCUGCUUGGUUGUAUUUGUAGCCAAGUUCUGUACCUGCUGCCAGAAGACUCAUAGAAAAUUCCGCGUGCAUCGAAACGUUCGCAUGCAAGCCCCCUUUGAAACUGAGUUGAAACGUUUUGUGGCGCACGAUAAUAUUCUCCAAGGAGUUAACUUUUACGGAGAAUUAACUCAACUGGAGGAAAUCAGAAAAGAUGUUGAGCUUGAAAUUGUCGAAGAUGACAUCGAUGAGGAGCUUUCCGAACUAAGUCCCCUUGCAGACACAAAUAUUGGCUUGUUAAAUAGUUAUAAUCACACGAAUUCUUGCCAACCAAAAAAGCACAAGUUUGUCUUUGAUGACGCUGGCUCUUGUUCUAGUGUGGUCUUUUACUAA